UCUCCCUCGUGACUCAUCCCCCUGGACUCCAUCUCCUGACUCCCUCGUCCCUCCCUCCUCUUGCCCUUUUGAUCCAUUUGGAUCUUUCUCGUUGCAGGCCCGAGACCAAAAAAAAAAAAAAUUUGUUUUCGAAAAAACAAAGAGAUAAAAGAAAAAAACGAAGAAAACAGAUGUUCUGGCCGGCUGUCCAGACGAAGACAGUGUGAAACCAGGUUUCUUCUCUCCUCCACCUCUUCAAAGUUCAAACUACUAUCCUGGAUCCUCGCAUUUCCAUCCGCAUUGCUCUCGUCUCUGCAGGUGAGUCAGUGAUCCCCUUCAAUGCGGAAUCUUUGUCUACUCUGCUUCAUAUCCAUCUCCAUUUCCCAUUCUCUCUUCUUACGGAUCUUGGUAUCAUCGAUCUGCUGGAUUCGUGCUUUCUUCUAGAGGUUGAUGUAUUUCUCUUUUGGUGUUGAAUGGGCCGCGUUAGAUUUGAUUUUGGAACUGUUAUUAUGAGUUCCCUCCUCAGUUUUUGAUGCUGAAUAGACCACAACAAAUCAGAUUUACCUAUGAAAUUACCUCUGAACGGUAACCUCAAUCAUACUUUUAUUUCGUUGAUUCUUCUUCCAGACAUUAUAAAUCGGAGAACCGGCCAGAUUGCAGGUAGGUGAGAAGAGAUUUGGAGGCUACCGCCCCUUUGAGGGCCGUCAAAAUGAUAGCUGACAACCACCCUGCGGCUGCCCAGAAUGGCAGCAUCAGCAGAUCAUCUUUCCCCUCCAGGAAUGGCAGUGCCACACCUCUGCACAGCUCCGCUUCCAGUGCUAAUGGGGAUGGAUACGAUAGUGAUGGCUCCAAUGCCAGCUAUGCACCGCCCACCCCAUCAACCUUGUCAAUGUCUGUUCCUGCGGAGCUUGCAGGUGCCAUCCCUUUGAUUGAUCGAUUCCAGGUUGAGGGAUUUCUAAGAGCCAUGCAUAAACAGAUUCAAUCUGCUGGUAAGCGUGGAUUUUUCUCUAAAAGAUCUGUAGGACCACAAGUUCGUGAAAAAUAUACAUUGGAGGAUAUGUUGUGUUUUCAAAAGGACCCAAUCCCUACAUCUUUACUCAAAAUCAGCACAGAUCUAGUAAGCCGCUCAAUAAAGUUAUUUCAGAUCAUCUUAAAGUAUAUAGGAGUUGAUUCAUCUGAUAAGUUAACUACUUUGAGCUUGGACGAGCGAAUUGAACUUGUGUCAAAACUGUAUAAGCAUACUUUAAAGCGUUCUGAACUUCGAGAUGAACUGUUUGCACAGAUUUCCAAGCAAACACGUAACAACCCUGAUAGGAGCUCAUUGUUAAAAGCAUGGGAACUGAUGCAUUUGUGUGCAUCUUCAAUGCCUCCAAGCAAGGAUAUUGGAGCCUAUUUAUCAGAAUAUGUUCAUUCUAUAGCUCAUGGUUUGAAUGUUGAUCCUGAAGUCCAGGUCCUUGCAUUGAACACACUUAAUGCUUUAAAGUGCUCUGUCAAAGCUGGACCUAGAGCUACCAUCCCUGCUCAUGAGGAAGUUGAAGCUCUUUUAACGGGUAAAAAGCUUACCACUAUAGUAUUUUUCCUGGAUGAAACAUUCGAAGAAAUUACGUAUGACAUGGCGACUACUGUAGCUGAUGCUGUGGAGGAACUUGCUGGAAUCAUUAAACUUUCUGUCUACUCUAGUUUCAAUCUUUUUGAAUGUCGAAAAGUUGUCAAUGGUUCAAAAACAGCUGAUAUCAGUAAUGAGGAAUAUAUUGGCUUGGAUGAUAAUAAAUAUAUUGGGGAUUUGCUUGCGGAAUUCAAGGUGGCUAAAGACCGCAGUAAAGGAGAAAUUUUGCAUUGCAAACUUAUAUUUAAGAAACGCCUUUUUCGGGAAUCAGAUGAUGCUGUAGUAGAUCCAAUGUUCAUCCAGCUAUCGUAUGUGCAGCUUCAACAUGACUACAUUUUGGGAAAUUAUCCAGUUGGUAGAGACGAUGCAGCUCAACUUUCUGCUUUGCAGAUUUUGGUUGAAAUCGGAUUUGUUGAGCAUCCUGAGUCAUGCGCUGAGUGGACAUCACUGUUGGAAAGGUUUUUGCCUAGGCAAAUUGCCCUUACUAGAGGAAAACGGGAUUGGGAGCUUGAUAUUAUAUCUCGUUAUAAUCUAAUGGAACACAUGUCGAAGGAUGAUGCAAGGCAACAGUUCCUUAGAAUUUUGAAAACUCUACCCUAUGGGAAUUCAAUUUUCUUUAGUGUGCGUAAGAUUGAUGAUCCGAUUGGACUCCUACCUGGGCGCAUCAUUUUAGGCAUCAAUAAGCGUGGGGUUCAUUUUUUUCGCCCAGUUCCCAAGGAAUAUCUACAUUCUGCAGAGCUCAGAGACAUUAUGCAAUUUGGUAGCAGCAACACUGCUGUGUUCUUUAAGAUGAGAGUUGCUGGUGUUCUUCAUAUCUUCCAAUUUGAAACAAAACAGGGUGAGGAGAUAUGUGUGGCUCUUCAAACACAUAUAAAUGAUGUGAUGCUUCGCAGAUAUUCAAAAUCACGGUCCUCGGCAAGUGGGUCCAUUCAAGGAGAUAUAUCUCCAGUAGUUAAGCCUCCAAGCCUUGACAUUCAUGAAAAGAGAGCUCAAGAAUUGUUAAAAACAGUUGAAGAAUCUCAAAAGAAUGCAGAUCGAUUGUCAGAAGAAUUGCAUGCAAAGCAAAAACACGAAGCAGAGUUGCAAGAAGAACUAGAUGCCUUGAGAGAUACUUUACAAUCUGAAAUACACAACUUAAGAGAAGUAAUUUCUGACCGUGAUAGACUUAAAACAUUAUGUGAUGAAAAAGAGUCUUUAUUGCAGGCUGCAUUAUUGGAAAAAUGUAACAUGGAAUCAAAGGCAGCAAAGUGUAACACCCUGGAUAAGUUUCCAUCAGAAAGUAAUGCAAAGAGGGAGGGCUUAAUUGGAUCUAACAAUCGGAAGAAGGAAGAUGCUUUUGUUGCAAGCAACAUAAGGAACAGUAAGGAUGAUGUACAGGUAAGUCAACCACAUAAGGCACUUAUCAAAAUUCAGGAGGAGCUGAAAGCAUGUGUGCAAGAGUUACAUGCAUCAAGGGAAUCUUGUAAAACACUGAUGAAGGACAAGAUGCUGCUCGAACAAAAGAUCCAAAGACUGGAAAAGAAAAAAAAUGAUGAGAAGGAGGCUUUAGAGAGAAAUUUUGAUGAAGAACGUAAAAUGCUUAAAACGCGUAUUUCUGAACUUGAGAAGAAUUUGGAAAUUGUCACCCACAAUUUAGGCAUGGUUGAAUCUACACUCAACAUGCGGAAUGCUGAGGUAGAUGCUUUGCAAAUUAAUUUCAAAGAGCUGGAAGAACUACGGGAACUAAAGGAAGAUACUGAUAGAAAAAAUGAACAAACUGCUGCAAUUUUAAAAAGACAAGGAGAACAAUUGGCUGAGUUAGAAGGUUUAUACAAGGAAGAACAAGUACUGCGGAAGCGGUAUUAUAACAUUAUCGAAGAUAUGAAAGGCAAAAUCAGAGUCUUUUGCCGUUUGAGGCCUUUAACUGAAAAAGAAAUUGCUGAAAAUGAAAGAGAUAUUGUCUUUGGUCUUGAUGAAUUCACAGUUGAACAUCCUUCAAAAGAUGAUAAGUUAAAGCAACACAUCUACGACCGUGUUUUUGAUCAAACAGCUUCUCAGGAUGAAGUUUUCGAAGAUACAAAGUAUCUUGUACAAUCAGCUGUUGAUGGAUAUAAUGUGUGCAUUUUUGCUUAUGGCCAAACUGGUUCCGGCAAAACUUUUACUAUUUAUGGCUCAGAAAGUAAUCCUGGACUUACUCCAAGAGCAUCUAGUGAACUUUUCAAAGUGAUGAAGCGUGACAGCAGUAAAUACUCAUUCUCGCUGAAGAUGUACAUGGUUGAGUUGUAUCAAGAUAACUUGGUGGAUCUUUUACUGCCGAAAAAUGUGAAGCACCCAAGGUUAGAAAUCAAGAAAGAUUCCAAGGGGAUGGUUAGCGUAGAAAAUGUGACUGUCCUUCCUAUUUCAAGCUAUGAAGAAUUGACUACAGUUGUAUUCCGAGGAUCAGAGCGGAGACAUAUUGCUGGAACCAAUAUGAAUGAGGAAAGUUCAAGAUCACAUUUAAUACUUUCAAUUAUUAUUGAGAGUACAAAUUUGCAAACCCAAUCUCUUUCAAGAGGGAAGCUUAGCUUUGUAGACCUGGCUGGUUCUGAAAGGGUGAAAAAGUCUGGCUCUGCUGGUAAACAAUUAAAGGAAGCCCAAAGCAUUAAUAAAUCUCUUUCGGCUCUUGGAGAUGUUAUCAGCGCGUUGGCUUCUGAUGGGCAACACAUACCAUACAGAAACCACAAAUUGACAAUGUUGAUGAGUGAUUCGCUUGGCGGGAAUGCAAAAACUCUCAUGUUUGUCAAUGUGUCUCCUGCAGAAUCAAAUUUGGAUGAAACUCAAAAUUCCCUUGUGUAUGCAUCAAGGGUUCGGUGCAUUACUAACGAUCCUAGUAAGAAUGUGUCAUCAAAAGAAGUAGUUCGUUUAAAGAAAUUGGUGGCUUAUUGGAAAGAACAAGCUGGAAAGCAUGGAGCUGAUGAGGAACUUGAAGAAAUUUCAGAAGAGCGACCUACAAAAGAAAAAACAGAUGUCCGCAUUUCAACAUGACACACCAAGAUGAGGUUGUGGGAGAUGGAAAGCAGAAGAAUGAUUUAUUAUCAUCGCCACUAUUAUUAUUUUCUAUGCAUCAAUGAAUGCAUUGCUGUUUCAGUAUAAUUGGAGCUUUUGGAUCGUAACCAACCUGUCAAUAUUCGUUUGCCAAGCUCCCUCUAAUGUAUAGAUAAAAUGGAGCACUUGGAUAAUUCUGUGUAUACUGAUGCUCUUGCUUGCAUCUAGGAGAUUUUGACAAAAUUCAGUUCAGAUCAACUCUCAUCCUGUCUAUGGAUGUCAAUGGCAUCUCCAUGUUUUCAGAGAUCAGGAGUAUGUCAACACAAACUUGUUACUUGAAAAAAUGAAGUAUUUGAAUUUCAAAUUUCA